GUGCGCCGCUGCCACCGCCCCCAGCCGGCUGCCCCUUGCCAAUCCUCUGCUGCAGGGGGCUGGUCAGGCCCGGGAAGGACCCGAGGGGUACCCAGCGUGUCCCCGCGCGGCUGAGGGAGGAUCGAAGUAUGGAUGGCAGCCGGAGAGCUCAAGCUCUUGGCAGGUGCCAUCAAGGUGGACUCAUCUCUCGUCAGCUCCCACUCAGAGGAUGUGGUAUCUCACCAGGAGACACAGGCCAACAGCGUUUCUCACUCCUUUAAUUCACACUGUAGACGCUAAACGCCUGGUGAUCACAGCUGAGAGGUCGGGCUCUCUUCCUGCACACAGCCUCAUCGGGCACAGGCUACCCCAGUUAGAGCAACCUCUGUCCUUCCCAGAUAUGGUCCACCAUGCCUAUUUAAAGGACACUUGAGCACCAAAAGUAACGCUUUUUGCACUGACUCCUCCUCUCUCAGACUAAGUACUCUCCACCUGGUCAAGAAUCACAUGGCUAUUCACUAUAAUAAAAUCCUUUCAGCCAAAGCUGCAGUAGAUUGCUCCAUCCCGUUAAGCAUGAGUGCCAGCAUCAAAUAUGCAGACCAACAACGAAGAGAAAAACUGAAAAAGGAACUAGCACGAUGUGAAAGGGAGUUGAAAUUAACUAAAGUUGCAGUGCAAACCAACUCUAAAAAUAAUCCCAGGUCAUUAUUUAACACUUUCCAAAAGCCUUCAGGGGAGCCACAAGAGGAAGAUGUGUUCAUUGAAGAAGUGAAUGGCUUGUCCUUUACAAGGUCACCAGUUACGUCUUCAGAGAGAUUACAUAUAAGUCUACCAACACCUGAUAAAGGGUUCACAAACGAUACUGAAAAGAACUCCAGCUCCUUCCUGUCCAGCAUGGAUUGCACCGUCUCUGGGCCCAGGAAACCAUGCUCUGGACCCACGUGCGGCAGAGCAACCCGGAGCACACUCCCAAAUGCCCACCGGUUUCAGUUAGUUAUUUCGAAAACACCCAGCGGGGACCUUUUGGAUAAACAUUCCGAACUCUUUUCUAACGGACACUUGCCAUUUACCCCACGCACUUUAAAAACAGAAGCCAAGUCUUUCCUGUCACAGUACCGAUACUAUACACCGGCCAAAAGAAAAAAGGACUUUACAGACCAGCGAGUAGAAGCCGAGACCCAGACAGAGCUAAGCAGCUUUAAAUCUGAUUUUGAUACAGUUGAGAUUAAGAACUUCACAGAUUCGGGAGUGAACAUAAAUCAGGUGUCUGGUUGUACGAACUAUGACAAAGCAAGAAUGACCCCUUCACCUUUACAGGGGCAUGACUUACCGUGGGGUGAGGGCAAAGACACCGUACCUGAUCUUCAGUGCUCCUCAUCAAGUGAUGAAGAAUUAUUGUAUCUGAGUUUCAUUGAGGAUAUAACAGAUGAAAUUUUGAAGCUUGGAUUAUUUUCAAACAGGUUUUUAGAACAACUGUUUGAGCGACAUAUAAAAAGAAAUAAACAUCAUUUGAAAGAGGGGAAGAUGCGCCGCCUGCUGCAUACCCUGAAAUUGAACUUAGGCUGCAUAUCCCAGGAGAGCGCGGGGAGACGAGAUGAUGUCGACAUGUUCGAUGUACUAGAUUUUGAAAAUGCUGGGAAUUCUGAGCCAAAUAAAUGUAAGAAUGAACAAAAUGCAAUUGAACUAGAACGCCAGGAAUACCAAAGGGCUUUGGAUAUGUUACUGUCUAUACCAAAGGAGGAGGACGAGAUGUUUUCACCAAAUGAAUUCUACAUGCCCAUCUAUAAAUCAAAGUUUUCAGAUGAGGUUGUAAUUCAACAGGUGAAUGAUGAAACAAAUCAUGGACCUGCCGUUUGGGAUGAAAAUAAUCCAGGUGGCUCAGACACCUUAGCUGAACAGGAAACCUACGUGAAUGUCAUUGAAGGGGACAGUGACACAGAAAAGGUGGAGACAUCCAGCGAGUUGUGUUGUCUGAGCACAGGUCUCGGGCAGCCUGAUCGGCUGUACACUGUCGGCGGCAACAGCACUCAUGACAUGGAACAACCAUCUCUUAAAAUCACAGAAAUGGGCAUUGAGGACUCCCCUUUGGAUGUUUGACCUUCAUUAAUAAAUAUCCCAGAUGGCCAGUAAUUCCUUUUUAUUUUUCCUCCUUUUUUCUUUUAGAUAUUAAGAUUUAUGUUCUCAUUUUCUGUGCUGUAUAAUAAAUUACCAU